GUGACGUAUGGUACGUGCUACGGUACGCCACUUGUGACCAAGGGAGAAAAGCGCGGACACUGAGAAUACUCUGGAAAUUUUAGGAAGAGGAUCAUAACUUAAUUGAUUGCUGAAACCAAGUCCAAUUUCCUUUUCUCAUGUAAAGGCAUCAGGAAGUGUCUAACAUGGACAGAGAAUUACGGUUGGGGAAGAAGAUUAACGGGGACAGGGUGCCUCACCGUGAGGCCACAGGAAGUGACUCCAACAAGGAUAUCGAGAGUGGUGGAAAACCUUCCCCAGUGAAGAGGCCCGGGCCCAGUGAUGUCAGAGCUGACAGCACAGGAGGAAAUGAGGACACUGGUGGAGAGGUGGCUGAAGAGCAGGAGUCAGAUGGGCCCCCUCGUGCUGAGGCGAUCGUUACCUUUGAGACAGGUGACAGUUGUACUUGCUCAGUUUGUGGCUUUGUGGCCAAAACCCCAACCGCAUUGAAGAUUCACUCAAAAAGGAAGCAUACUGGUAAAGGGAAGAGCAGGAGUGUGAACUCAGCCGAGGUACACAUCGAAAUAGAUGGCCCCAAAGCAGGGGCAGCAGCACAGAGUUCAAAUGACAAAUUGGCCAGAGGCACAGAAGAGAAAAUGAACGGCGGUGAGAGGGAAAAGGAGAAUGCAGGUAGACAGAGCCAGGGGGCAGAGACAGGGGACUUAGAGGGGGAGGUGACAACAAAAACCAAAGAGAAAAUAGCUGAGAAACAAGAGACAGAGUCAGAGUGUUUGAACAGGGAGAUUACUACUAUAGCUACAGGUGAGAUUGCAGAAGAGGAGCCAGAACAGACCCCCAGUAAGAGAGAAGUAGGUAAACAGAGCUCCAAACCAAAAACCAUGCAUCCGUGCAGCUACUGCGGUCACGAGUUUAGGGACAAGCCCAGCCUGGACACACACAUCAAGAGACGUCACACCAAAGAGAUGAAUCACUUCUGCGAAUUCUGCUCGUAUGCCUGCGUGGCGAAGUGUGACUACGAGAAGCACUGUCUUAGCAACAAGCACAAUAAACGACUGUCCUUAAGCAGGGAGACCUCCGCCCUCCCAAUGCCCCCGGGCGAGAAGGCGGCUGACCCGGCCCUGAACCCAACUGCUUACACCCGGGCGUCCAAGCGCGGGUUGGGUGCCCGGUUCCAGCUGCAGUGCGGGAGCUGUGAAUUCAGGGUCAGCACCUCCGCCCUGCUGGAGAGCCAUGCUCGGCUGAAGCACCAUGGCGCACAUCGUUUCCGCUGUAAUGUCUGCCACUACUACACCGCCACGUCCGAGUGGAUGGACACGCACGUGUCCUCGGAGGGCCAUCGGCGCACGGCCGAGGUGAAAAACUCUGGGUGCUCCUCCGAGGAGUGUGUCGAGAAGGUGAGCGUGGAUUCGGUCCGCGACGACAUGCUGACGGAUGACGUGUCUGUCUGGGUCAUUGGAAACGACGGGGAGCUGCGCCCCGAUGUGAACAGUGACGCCGUGGAGGCUGCCAAAUCCGCCCUAGAGAACAUGGAUGAGCACAUGGACGAUAGAAGCCCCCUGAAGAGAAGGAGAGGUCGACCCAAGGGACUCACCUCAACUACUUGUGAAUACUGUGGCCUUGUUGCCUCCAAUAGUACCAACCUAAGCGUGCAUAUUCGUCGUAAGCACAGCCGGCAGUACAGCUACACCUGCAAGCUUUGUUCUUAUAACUGUGUGACGAAAGGCGACAUGGACCGACACUGUCUCACAAAGAAGCACCUUAAACGCGUAGGGGACGCUAGCAGUGAUGGCGAAGUGGACCUGGAGACACCAGUGCAGAUCUUAAGUGCAGAGUCGGGUUCUCAGGUCACAGAGGGUGAGGUUGUACUCGUGGAUCGUCCGGUCGAUGCAGUAUGCAAGGUAGAUGAGGGGGGCACGGCUGAAGCAGAGGAGCAAGGCGGGGACAGAGCACAAUCCGGCAGCCCCAAAAAGAGCAAGUACGACGCCGUCAACUCCUGCGGCCACUGCAGCUUUGUCGCUCAUUCAAUUCCCUCCCUGGAACUCCACGUGAAGAGGAGACAUACCCGGGACUUUGAGUUUGUGUGCCUGGCGUGUAGCUACUACGCUGUCACUCGCCGAGAGAUGUCUCGCCACGCUGCCACUGAUAAGCACAAACAGAAGAGCCAGGUCUACCUGGAGAGUUUUAUGGAGAAAGACCUGCCCCAGCCAGAGGAGGAGUCCAUGGAGCUGGGGAGCAGUGCUGACCCUGCCGAACACAUCACUAAUCACACUGACCAUCCCCACCCUUCAGGACCCCCAAAUAUGGAUGUAGAGCAUACUAACCUCACUGAGACAGAGCAUACUAACAUCACACAGACAGAGCAUACUAACAUCACACAGACAGAGCGUACUAACAUCACUGAUACAGAGCAUACUAAUAUCACGGAUACAGAGUUUACUGACAUCACAGAGAAAGAGUGUACUAACAUCACACAGACAGAGUGUACUAACAUCACACAGACAGAGUGUACUAACAUCACACAGACAGAGUGUACUGAGUGUACUAACAUCACACAGACAGAGCGUACUAACAUCACACAGACAGAGCGUACUAACAUCACACAGACAGAGCAUACUAACAUCACGGAUACAGAGUUUACUGACAUCACAGAGAAAGAGUGUACUAACAUCACUGAAACAGAGCAUACUAGCAUGCCUGAAAUGGAGCAUCCUAACAUCACAGACACAGGACAUCCUAAACCCAUCAAUACAGCGCUUCCUAACAUCUCAGAUAGAGAGCAAUGUAACAUCACAGACACAGAGCAUCCUAACACCAUUAAUACAGAACAUUCUAUCACCACAGAGCAUCCUAACAUCACAGAUGCAGAACAAACUAACACUAUUGAUAAACCACUUUCUAACAAAAAUGAAACAGAGCAUCCUAACAUUACAGAAACAGAGCAAUCCACAGACCAGACCAGCCCAACCCACAGAUAUAUAGACCAGCCAAUAGACACCCCUACAGACCAACCUAUUAACACCAAUUCCGACCAGCCCACAGACACAGAGCAGUCCACAGACACAGAGCAGCCCACAGACACAGAGCAGUCCACAGGGAAAGAGCAAAUAACCCCUGACCCCUCACCAACAUCCGGCGUGUCCAGCAAUGAGCACGCAGUCGAAGUUUUUGAGGAAGACACCGAAGCCCAGGUGGCUGGCGAAGUGUCUGACGGUGACUCUAAGCCCAUCGUCGAUGAAGCUUCAGGUCACUCUGAAACCACCGUACCCCAGCCCGGGGACGAAGAGCAGACGGUAGACCUGGAGCCAGAGCCAGUGUGUUCCGACGACGAUGCAGAGGUGGCCGAGAAACAGCUGACCAGGGCUCAGCCGUUCGACGCUUGUAUAGUACCCCUGAAGUCCCUGACGGAUGCCCAGCUGGCUCUGCACGAGGAGCGCAUGGCUCACAUUGCCGAAGGCGACUCCGGCCAGGCUGCAGGCGGUCCGGUGGGCAGUCCUGUAAAGGCCAAGAGAAGCAAACCGGCGGGGUCCUCGGGUCUGUCCAGGAGCGUGACUCCCAACCCCCGCAUACGCUGCGACGACUGCGGCUUUGUGGCGGACGGCCUGAGCGGCCUCAAUGUGCACAUCUCCAUGAAGCACCCGUCCAAGGAGAAGCACUUCCACUGCAUGCUCUGUGGCAAGUCGUUCUACACGGAGAGCAACCUUCAGCAGCACCUGACCAGCGCCGCCCACCAGCGCAACGAGCAGGCCAGCAUCGAGGAGCUCCCAGAGGGCGGCGCCACCUUCAAGUGUGUCAAGUGCACAGACCCGUUCGAGACCGAGCAGGAGCUCUUCGUGCACAUCAAGGAGAAGCACGAGGAACUGCUGCGCGAGGUCAACAAGUAUGUUCUGGAGGACACUGAGCAGAUCAACCGCGAGCGCGAGGAGAACCAGGGGAACGUGUGCAAGCACUGCGGCAAGGUGUGCAAGAGCAGCAACUCCAUGGCCUUCCUGGCGCAUGUCCGAACUCACACAGGAUCCAAACCAUUCAAGUGCAAGAUCUGCAGCUUUUCCACGGCCCAGCUGGGUGACGCCAGGAACCAUGUCAGGAGGCACCUGGGCAUGAGAGAGUACAAAUGCCACAUCUGUGGGUGGGCCUUUGUGAUGAAGAAGCACCUGAGCACUCACCUGUUGGGGAAGCAUGGACUGGGCCAGCCCAAAGAAAGGAAAUUUGAGUGUGAUGUGUGCGAGCGGUCGUUCAGUGAGAAGUGGGCUCUGAACAACCACAUGAAGCUGCAUACGGGAGACAAGCCCUACAAGUGCGCCUGGCCUGCCUGCCACUAUGCCUUCCUCACCCUCUCCGCCAUGAAGGACCACUACCGAACACACACUGGAGAGAAAUCCUUCCUGUGUGACCUCUGUGGUUUUGCCGGCGGCACAAGACACGCCCUCACCAAACAUCGUCGCCAGCAUACAGGAGAACGACCUUUCAAAUGUCAGCUGUGCAGCUUCGCCUCCACCACCCAGUCCCACUUGACCCGCCACAAGCGUGUUCACACCGGGGAGAAGCCCUACCGAUGCCCCUGGUGCGAAUACAGAUCCAACUGUGCGGAGAACAUCCGGAAGCACAUCCUGCACACAGGAAAGCACGAGGGAGUGAAAAUGUAUAACUGCCCCAAGUGUGACUUUGGCACCAACGGCCCCAUGGACUUCAGGAACCAUCUGAAAGAGCAUCACCCCGACAUUGAGAACCCGGACCUGGCCUACCUGCAUGCAGGUAUCGUGUCCAAGUCGUUCGAGUGUCGUCUGAAGGGCCAGGGGGCCACAUUCGUGGAGGCGGAUGCUGCGUUCGACGGGACCUCCCCGGUGCGGCGGGUGGACCGGCUGGGAAGCCAGGAUGGGGUCCAGCAAGUGAUAAUCAUCCAAGGCUAUGGCAGCGGGGAGAUGGCUAUCGACCAGGCCCUAGAGGAGUCGGCCGCCGCCACCCUGCGAGAUCUGGCCAUGUCGGGCCAAGUGGCAGAAGUCCUCCACAUCACCGAAGACGGCCAAGUUAUCUCCUCGGGGAGGGAGGUGUCCGCAGGCGGAGCACAUCAUCUGUCCGGAGGCACCACCCAGUACGUCCUGCUGGAGUCGGGCGGGUCUGCAGGAGGAGCCAUACACCAUGGGGGCGGGGCAAUACACCGCCACAUGGUGUCGGAGUCGUCCAGCGCUCUGGACGCCCUGCUCAGCGCCGUCAGCGAGAUGGGCCAACAGGAAGAGGAUGGCCGUGAGGUUGUUACCCAGGAUUCGGUGUCCGAGGUCAUGGAGAGAGUGGACGAGGAGGAGAUGGAGGUUGAGGAGGUAAAGGUGGAGGAGGAGGUGUGCGAGGAGCAGCAGGUGGUGCAGGAGGUGCUGCAGUUUGCCGCCAGCCAGCUGAUGAUGAAGGAGGGGGUGACCCAGGUGAUUGUCAACGACGAGGGGACCCACUACAUCGUGACGGAACUGGACAACAAUACACUCCAGGUGGAAGGGACCGUGUACGCCCAACACCAGGGAGGGGAGGAUGAGCAGCAUGGUGAGGGGGCUUCAGAGGGCCAGGCUGGGGAGAGAUUGGUCUAUUACUUGGAUGGAGCUCCACACAACGUGGUCCUGGAGAAGAUGGAUGUGGACUAGUCACCGGUGUUAAGACUUGGUGAAGAAUCUCAGUUCUAUGAUAACUCGCGUUCUUCUCCAAACCCAAGGGAUUAGAUGUUAUUGGCGAGGGACCUCUGAACCUUUUCCUCCAGUACGUUUUAAAGAGGGAUGAGAGGAGAAAAGACUUUGAGAAAUCGUUUAAACUCUACCUUCUGGAACUCCGAAAACCCUGCCGAAAAGUCUUCCUCAUUGUGUAUUUCUGAAGAUUAGAGCAUGUUCUUUUUUUCAUUUCAUAUAACUUCAUCUCCAUUUUGCAACAAUUAACUCAGGAUAACCUUCACAUCUAGGCUGUUACAGUGAGGGGCAAAGGAUUUGGUGCUAAAAUUAUUUAACAUCAUUAUAAGCCAAAUGCCAGAACUAUCAUGAUUGGGAGAAUAUUCAAUAUUUCCUCAUGGCUAUAGAUUGAAAUAGUCGACUAGUCAUAAUCCCCAUAAAGUCCAGCAGCAAAAUGUGAUAGUGGUACUUUUUGCAUUUCACCAUUCAUAUAUUCCAUAAGGAAUUUUAGAAUUGCUUCAAAUGAUGCUCGUGUUUCAUUUAGUCUUAACCCAGCUUGGCGUUUUGACAGCUGUGUGAAUCAGGACAAGAUAUAACAUAUUUGCUUCAAUUAUCUCUACAAACAAAUACAUGUAUUUUCUUUUAUUUUGCCAAUUUGUCGUAAGGUUUUAUGGGUGUCUGUUCAAUAAAAUUUACGAUUAUUUCCAGCUGGAUAUGUCUCCAUUAUUUAGAAAUGUAAAACAGUUCUGAUGUUUGAUUGUAGAGUAUCGACUGCUACAUGUUCCAUUCCUAUAUGAUUUUAAUUAAGUUGUGAAUUAUUUUGCUAUUUUAAAUUAAAUAUUUAAUUGUUAUAGUUUAUUUAAAAGGUAUGUCAAAUGUGGUUCAUAGAAAAUCUGUAACAUUUUGUUAUCACAUACUCGAUCUAGCACCAAUAUUAUUUUGGUCAGGCAUUCAGUAUAUCCAGGCUGCUGAUUGGUCUAAACCCAAGAACAAUCCUCCUGUUCAUCAGGAUGUGUUAGAAUUGUAGGAUGCCUGUAUUGUUUGGCAUCAUUUAUUAGUCCCAUUACUGUGUGUGAAUCAAAUUAAAUUGUCUCAGAGUUAUGUUUUGACAGAAUAGCAUAGACAUUUUGUGAGUUUCUAAUUAUUACAAUUUAAUUUGCUGCACAUUUUUAUUAGAAAAUGUACUGCUCUUAGUUAAUGUACAUUUAUUUUCUGUAAAACAUUAUGACACAUGCAAUGAACAUCCACCAAUAAAAGCUAAAUCUCA